AUGGGCGUUUCCCUUGAGGUUGUCCAUGACACGUCUAUUGCUGUCUAUACUAUCGCUGCCUUCGUUACCGUCUGUCGCCUGGUCAUCCGCAUCAAGGACAAGAAAUGGGGCUUGGACGACUUCUGGGCUUUAUUCGCCAUGAUCACCGGUGGAAUCAUGCUCACUGGCGCGCUCAUCAUCGUCACUCCCCCACCGAAUAUAGCCCAGAUCACCAAGGUCGUCGGCUAUUACUUCGCCGCUUGCGGGUUCUAUUCGUGCAUCUGGUCAUGCCGCUUCUCCAUCCUCUGCACCAUCUCCCGAAUCUCUCCAUCAUCAUGGCGGCUCUACAUUCGCCUCAUGUUUGGGGCGUUCAGCUUGAUGUGGGCGUUCCUCAUGAUUCAAGCGGUCGUGCACUGCGAGUCUGACCCGUCAUGGCACGCGACGGGUCAGUGCGCGCUGGGUCAACCGGUCGCAAUUGCUCAGCUCAUCACCGAUAUUGUCGCCGACUUGAUGCUCGGCCUGGCGCCUAUGCGCCUUCUAUGGAGGUCCAACUUGUCCAAGGGGCAGCGCAUGCGGUUGAUCACCGUCUUCGCGUCUGCACUGUUGACGACCUUGGUAUCCCUGGCCCAUGCGUACUGUAUCAUCGCGGGCAAAGGUACUGAUGAGGUUUAUUCGGCUAUGUACGAGCUGUCCGUCAGUAUCAUCGUCGCCAGUCUCAGCGUCCUCGUCGGAUUCUUCUCUCGCCGUGGGAGGAAUGCCGGCACGCACACGACUUCCAACGAGCGCAGUGGCAACGGCACUCACGGCACGGGCAUCGAGCUUUCCGUCAACUCACGUCCUAUCAAUGUCGACAUCACGACGUCAACCUGGGUCGACAGCGACAACAGCACGAAGCACCUACCAGACAAUCACGAGGAAAACUUGGAUUACAAGUCAAAAGACCAUCUGCAUGCGGUAUAG